AUGAUCAUAUUUCUAUUGCUAAUCUUAACAAUAAGUAUCAAUUUGAUUUGCGGUUGUUUGAAAUUUUAUAGUCGAAAAGGGCAGAUGAAAGAGGGAAGACAUGAGAUGUAUGUGAAGAGGGGGAAGAAGUUUGAUGAGCGGAAUGAUAAGGUUAGUUUUGCGGAAGGUUACGGAAGGUUCCGCGUGGCGUGGCCGCUGCGCGGAAGCUUGCGGCUUAGAGUUUACAGGGUUCAAGGCUUGGCCGCUGCGCGGAAGAUAGUGCCGCUGACGCGGAAGCUUGCGGUCUACACUCGCGCAAAGCGCUCGAGCUCUAGGCUUAGGGUUCAAGGCGCUCCGGAAGGUUCCGGAAGGUUCCACGCGGUUUAGAAAGUUAGAGUAACUUAGCCGCUGACGCGGAAGCCUGCGGUUUACACUCGCGCAAAGCGCUCGCCAAGGUCUCGCAGCGAUGUACAGCACUUUAAUGGGGCGUGGGGUACUGUAGGUGGACAUAGGGUUCAAGGAGUGGCCGCUGCGCGGAAGAUAGUGCCGCUGACGCGGAAGCUUGCGGUUUACACUCGCGCAAAGCGCUCGAGCUCUAGGCUCAGGGUUCAAGGCUUGGCCGCUGCGCGGAAAAAACAGUGCCGCUGACGCGGAAGCUUGCGGUUUACACUCGCGCAAAGCGCUCGCCAAGGUCUCGCAGCGAUGUACAGUACUUUAAAGGGGCGUGGGGUACUGUAGGUGGACAUAGGGUUCAAGGCGUGGCCGCUGCGCGGAAAAUAGUGCCGCUGACGCGGAAGCUUGCGGUCUACACUCGCGCCUUGAACCCUAAGUCUAGAGCUCGAGCGCUUUGCGCGAGUGUAGACCGCAAGCUUUCGCGUCAGCGGCACUGUCUUCCGCGCAGCGGCCAAGCCUUGAACCCUGGGAACCCUAAACCUAAAGCUCGAGCGCUUUGCGCGAGUGUAGACCGCAAGCUUCCGCGCAGCGGCCACGCCGUGAACCCUCGAGCGCUCUGCGCGAGUGUAGACCGCAUGCUUCCGCGUCAGCGGCCACGCCUUGAACCUUAUGUUUUGCUGUGAACCCUAGCCUAGAGCUCGAGAGCUUUGCGCGAGUGUAAACCGCAAGCUUCCGCGUAGCGGCCACGCCCUGAACCCUGUGAACCCCCGAGCGCUUGGCGCGAGUGUAAACCGCAAGCUUCCGCGUCAGCGGCACUAUCUUCCGCGCAGCGGCCACGCCUUGAACCCUAUGUAAACCCUAAGCCUAGAGCUCGAGCGCUUUGCGCGAGUGUAGACCGCAAGGUUCCGCGUCAGCGGCACUAUCUUCCGCGCAGCGGCCACGCCUUGAACCCUGUGAACCCUCGAGCGCUCUGUGCGAGUGUAGCCCGCAAGCUUCCGCGCAGCGGCCACGCCUUGAACCCUAAGCCUAAAUUUUUUCCAGAAUCUCGAAUUCACGCGUCGAAAAGUGGAACUCGCAUCUCCGGCUGAUUUCCAACACGAUCUCAUUCCACAUUCGACACAACAAACUAGUUCAGAUGAUGGUAAGUUCGAAAAUUCGGCGACUUCAAUCAAAAAAAUUCUCGAAAAAUCGAAAAUUUAAGGAUUUUUUGAAACAGUGAAUUUUUUUCGCGCCCAAAAAAAAUUCCAGCAAAAAGUUUCAGACCGCGACUCGAUUCUGGACCCGUUCGUUUUCAGCGACGCCGAACUUCCGGAUGAGGAUUUGGGAGAGCUGAAGUUGAUUCCGACUGUCGAUUCGCAGAUUUUGAAACAUGUUCGACAUCGGGCGCGGGAUGAGAUGGAUUGUUUGAAGAGUCCGGAACCGUAUACGGUAAGAUUUGGCGGGAAAAUUAUGAUUUUUCUAAACGAUACUCCGCAUUUACACCUAGACUUUCUUUCUGUGAUGAAAAUUCCAAAAGAAUAAUUUUGUGUAACUGCGGAGUGUUGUAACUAAAUUUCUUGAAACAAACGACACUCCGCAUUUACAUAGCUUAAUUAACUAAAUUCCAGUACCAAGAAGAAGAGGAUUCCUUAUACAAUGUUCCAUCAAUUCAAUGGGAUCCGAAUUCAAUCCGAUCUUCUGUUCAACAAAAUCGAAAGCUCCAAAAUCUUGCUCCAAAUUCGAAUCCGAUGAUAAAUUCAGCCAGGAGUCAUUAUGUUUAUCCGCAUAAUGCACAAGCACAAACUCCAACUGUUUUUCCCAAAAAUCGAGUGGAAUAA